AUUCUUCUUCUUUCUCCAUAAUCACUCACCAAUUUUCUAUCCAAAAACACAAUUGGAGAUGGGUCUUCUACCUUCCACCACGGCGGUACUCUUCCUGGCGAUGCUCGCCCUGUCGUCGGCCCUAGACAUGUCGAUCAUUUCAUACGACGAAUCGCAUGCCCAGAAGUCGAGUUGGAGGACCGACGAUGAGGUGAUGGCGAUAUACGAGGCCUGGCUUUCCAAGCACGGUAAGGCCUACAACGCCUUGGGAGAGAAGGAGAAGAGGUUCCAGAUUUUUAAGGAUAACCUCAGGUUCAUCGAUGAGCAUAACGCCGAGAACCGAAGCUAUCGCGUCGGGUUGAACAGGUUCGCCGAUCUGACCAACAAGGAGUACCGGGCCACUUACCUGGGCGCCAAGAAGGCCCCCAGGAAGAUCUCCAAGAGGACCGAUCGGUACCAGCCGCGUCUCGGCGAUGCGCUGCCGGAUUCCGUCGAUUGGAGGAAGGAAGGCGCCGUGGUUGAUGUCAAAGACCAAGGGAGCUGCGGGAGCUGCUGGGCGUUCUCGACGAUUGCGGCGGUGGAGGGGAUAAACAAACUAGUUACCGGCGACCUGAUCUCGCUCUCCGAGCAGGAGUUGGUGGACUGUGAUACCUCUUAUAACGAAGGUUGCAAUGGAGGUCUCAUGGACUACGCCUUCGAAUUCAUCAUCAACAACGGCGGCAUCGACUCUGAGGAAGAUUAUCCCUACCGUGCCGUUGAUGGCAGAUGUGACCAGUACAGGAAAAAUGCCAAGGUUGUUACUAUAAAUGAUUAUGAAGAUGUUCCUGAGAAUGAUGAGAAAGCACUGCAAAAGGCAGUUGCUAAUCAACCUGUGAGUGUUGCCAUUGAAGCUGGAGGCAGGGAAUUCCAGUUUUAUGAUUCGGGAAUCUUCACGGGGAAAUGUGAAACAGCACUGGACCAUGGUGUGACUGCCGUUGGAUAUGGCACAGAAAAUGGUCAAGAUUACUGGAUUGUGAAGAACUCAUGGGGUGGCAGCUGGGGAGAGUCAGGUUAUAUCAGAAUGGAGCGUAACUUGGCUGACACUGCUACCGGCAAAUGUGGAAUUGCAAUGGAGGCCUCUUAUCCUAUCAAGACAGGCCAAAAUCCCCCAAACCCUGGUCCUUCUCCUCCAUCUCCAAUAAAGCCUCCAACUGUUUGUGAUAACUAUUACUCCUGUCCGGAGAGCAAUACGUGCUGCUGUGUCUAUGAGUAUUAUGGCUAUUGCUUUUCUUGGGGAUGCUGUCCACUUGAGGCUGCAACUUGCUGUGAUGACCAUUACAGCUGCUGCCCACAUGACUACCCUGUCUGCAAUGUAAAUGAAGGCACUUGCUUGAUGAGCAAGAACAACCCAUUGAGCGUGAAGGCAUUUAGGCGCACUCCUGCAAUACCCUUCUGGGCCCAUGGAAGUGGAGCGAAAAGUAGCAGUACUUAAAGUGGAACCUAAUUAUAACACAAGGAGGAUGAAAGAAGCUCAACAUUGUACAAUUUGGUCCUCCUCUUUUAUCAUACUCCAUGCCUCCUUUCCAUUCUGCCAUUGCCCCAUACCCAUAGAUGGAUGAUCUAGUAAAAUUUAAUUCAGAUCAGAUGCCAAUUAUGUAAAUAACUUAUAUUUAUCGCAUUUGAAACAACAGACAGAAUGCUCUUUAUUUCUGAUAUAUUCUGUAAAUCAUGUCAUCAUUUAGCAAUGGCUAUUAAGAAUUGGUCAACAAUAUAAUGCUGCCUGCUUGAAGUUUGCGUUCACAUACCAGUAUU